AUGCUGAGAAGCGCCACUCGGGAGUUGAGGCGAGGGUGGCAGGUGUCGCAAAAUGUGACAAUCCAUGCCAAGAUUGCUUGUUCCCUACACCCAUACGAAACCUGCCGAUAUGCGUCGACGUCGGACAGCAUCGAGUCUGAGAUACUCAGCGGCCGCCGAACCUGGGACCACCGCCCCAUCCCUGGGUUGAGGCAACAGCUCGCCGCCGAGAAGAAGCGCGAAGUUAUCGAUCAACUGGAAGACCAGGAGCGCCAUGAAUCGAACCGAGUGCAGAAGACUCGUCGAACCGGACCGGUAUUCGAGCAGAACUACCUGCGCCACAAAGUCGAACGGAGACUGAAGAUGCAGAAAGGAUGGAGCGAUCAGAGUCCAGCUGUUCUCCUCCGCCAGUAUCUUGCUACCGAACGACCGAACCGGAGCAUGCAACGACAAAUCGCCGCUAUCCGCAGCAUGCGCCUACCGAUUGUCCUGAUUCAGAUGAACCUGUAUCAACAUGUCGAGGCCGAUCCAGAGAAUAACGAGGACAUCGCCGACUUACUCCCUCCGAAGGAACAAUGGGACAAAUUGAUGAGCGUCCUUCAUCACAACGGGCACACAGAAGAGAAUCUGAACAAGUACAUGAACAUUCUCUUUGCCGAAACUGAUGAAGAGAGGUGCCGGCUAUUCUUGGAGGAUGAUCAGCCGAAGCCCACCUUUAUCCUCAGUUAUCUCUUGAGGCUGAGCUCCUCUUUCACUGAAAUUUCGACUCUGGACGGCAUUAUUCAAUACGUCAAGGAGCGACUACGAGACACAACCGACAAGGUUGAGCCCACAUCUGCUGUGAACAAGUACGCUGGUCGGGCAGCGACAGCCAUGAGGAAGUUUGCACCAGAGGACUUCACACAGAUUAUGGAAAGGUUGGCUUUUCACUGUCGACGAAUAGAGCCGAGGCGGUUGAUGGAAUUGGCCGAUGCCGCGGCGGAUUUCAUCAUGCGUUAUGAAGCCAAGUCUGGAAAUUCCAAAGAGACGUAUCACGCUCAAUGCAAGUUUUUCAACACUGCGCUCAAUGCUGUGGCUGGACGUACGGGCUCUGGACCACAGCGCAAGUCAAUACCCUACGCUUACAUUUGGGAGGCCCAGCGGAUUCUAUUGGGCAUGUCCGGGGGCCUUCCGACGGCGCUGUUGGUGGACAGGACCGGAUUCAAGGCAAUCAGAGCGGUGCUGGCCGGAAUGCCCAAGAACAGGGACGAGAUCCAUAGCGCAAGACGCCAUUCACAGACUUGGCCGCCUUAUCUACAACCGGGAGACGGUAUGGACGAGCGGAGGCAGCUUGGCCCAGAUCGCGACCUCGCUGCUUGGGCGGCCUCUAUCAAGGCAACACGAAACGCUCAUGAAGCAUGGGAGAGGUUCAGGCACCCCCCAAAGCCUGAUAUGAAACCAGGUCUGGACGAAUAUGCUGCCAUGUUUCAAAGGCUCUUUGCUCGCGAAGCCGACCCUGAUUCAGGCAGUCUACCAGGAGACACUACGCUCAACUAUCCCACGCAAGAGGAGGCCAACCUGACGGAGCUCGAAAAGUCUCGGCUGCAACCCCCGACACCGGCGGAGCUUUACGGGAUGAUGAGACGUCAGAAGCUCAGGCCAGACGAACAGUGCCUCACGAUUCUGGUGGCGAAUGCUCACAGUCUCGAUGAGGCCCACGAGUAUCUGCUUGAUGCUAGCACUCAACAGCAGAACUAUGCGAACCUGACAUCACCCAGCCCGAUAGCUGAUGCACUCAAGACCAUUCCUCUCCCUGUCUUCUCGGCAUAUAUUGAUGUCUGCUCCAAAAAUGCCAGCUACAGAGGUCGGAAUAUGCUACGUGCCAUUAGGUUGGCCGAGGCCCGUCUCAGCCGAAAAAACCAGAAUUGGGCCUCGUAUAUUUGGGCCCCAAUCCUAAAGAACCUGGGUCAGCAUCACUAUGGCCUGAAGCUUAGCCUCGAAGCCCAGCUUCGAUUGCUGCUGCACCUUGUGGAUCGCAUUGAAUCUACACAUGGCAUGACGCUUCUCCUGUUCAACCGGUUCACACUAACCCUGCGCAAGAUCUUGCGACGGGAGGUGGAGAAGCUGUCGGCGGCUGUGGAAACAAAUAGUGCUGACCUGAGCGCGCUCGCCGUUCUAUACGACAUUGGCGCUGAGGAGGCGGGUGUUGCGCCUAGAAAGGUGAGCCCGGUGUGGGAUGACUCGGCACUGUCCCUGAUCAGGUCGGCUGGUUCACGAAUAAAGGCCUUCUUUUACGGCCUAGUGCUCCAGGAGCAAGACAGGGUGCGGCAGGGGGAGAUUACCGAUGUGUCGCUUCUCGAUGGCAUGAGAGCACGUCGAGAUCCCGUGAUGGCACCACACGCUCACGAUCUGAUGCUGGCGCUGGCCUUUGCGGGAGAGUUUGAGGAGAUGGCCGAGGUGAUGAAAUGGCUCAUCCGAGAAUGGAGCCCUACAAGGCUGCGGGAGGAAAUGGAAGAUCUGAACGAGAUGCCCCGCGAUCUGGACAUGCUUGAGACGCUGUGUGUGUUCCGCGCGUUUGCGGAGCCCAUGAUAACACAGACGAAGCUAGACGAGGUACUAACCGACUUUAACACACACGGGGUGUAUUGGGAGUGGCCCGACGAUGUAACGGUGGAAGGGUACCUAGACGGACGGCAUCACAGUAACUCUAAUCGGGAGCUGAGCGAGGUUCUCCGAUGGAUACGGCGAAGAAGGACGACGCGACGGGCAGAGAAUGAGGGCUGGGCCAUGGACAUUGGCGACCUAGAGGUGGACUGGACAGAGACCAAGCGAGAGGCUCUGGAUCCACAACACCUGAAAGACCUUGGGAAAAAGGCUUAUAGGUCUGAUUAG